GCCGCCGGCCGUCGACGGGCUCGCGUCGGAGGAAACGCCGUCGGCUCGUGGAUUAGCGGCAACGCCGCACGGUCUGCGUCGCCGUCGCCGGAAUGAGGCUGUACUACUGCGAGUCAGGGGUCGUCCAGUUCGCAGAUUCAAAACACAUAGGAAAGAAAACACCAUGUAGCUCCCCCAUGGCACAGAAAUCUCCAAAACAAGACAUGUACUGGUUUGCGUACGCUGCGGAUCCUCCGGCGGAACGGCAGAGGCGAGGCCUCUGGGCCCAGCAGGUAGACGAACUAGCAAGUCCAGAGCAGGAGCUCGACAGUGCAAGGGGCUCGCAGAAAGAGUCUCCAUGCUCCCCUCUAGACACUUACUGGUUUGCUCACGCUGGCGGAGAUGCACCAAAUGAGGAUGGCACUGAGCGUAGGCUAUCUCCAGAUCGGACUCUGGGCAACCACGACUGCGAAGCUGGGGAUGCCGCCUGUCAGCAACAGCAGCAGGUGUCGCGGGAGGAGCGGCUGCGUCUAGUGAAGGAGCGGCAAGAGGAGGAGAGGGCGAGGAGGCUGCAGGAGCUGGAGCAGCACUCGCAGGCCUCCCAGCACUACCGGGAGCAGCAGGAGGUGGAGCGACGCCGGCGCAUUGAGGAGCUGCGCGUGCGGGACCACGAGCGGCGGCAACAGGUGGAAGAGCGCAAGCGCCUCAUCUGGGAGGCCGAGCAUGAACGCAAGGAGGCCCUGCUGAAGCGUAACAUGGAGCGGGAGUGCAAGCUGGAGGCCCGGCGGAAUGCCAACCGCAUGAGCAUGAGCUUUGCCUUCGGGAGCUCCACCCCGAGAACUUUCGACCUGGACCUAGCCACCAUGGGGUCGGCGGGGGCGCCCGUACUCAUGUCGGCCCCUUCCCCGCGCAAGGCGGACGAGACUGACUUUGAGAGCAGCCGCAAGCGGGCCGCCUCGGCUUACAACCUCUGCCAGGCUGCAGACGCGGCUCAAACCGACCCCCCGUGUCUGGGGGUGGCGCACUCGCCCGAGGUGGCGUUCAUUUCCCCAAACGUGGGGGGAUGGCUUGUGGGGUCGGGGGUCACAGUCGGAGACGACCCGAUGACGCGCAGCAUGACGGCGCUGCCGAGUCAGCACGGCCGGGGCCGGCGCAAGACGGACCUGAUGCCGGUCAUUCCGUGGAACCGGGGGACGUCGGCCACCUCGCGCUCCCGCUCCCCGACGGCGGGCGGCCCGGCGCCCCCCCCGGCAGGUGUGGCCCAGCGCGCCGUGAGCAUGUCGCGCCUGGACCUCCUCGCGCAGCCCCGGAGGAGGCUGCUUCCGCCGGCACCCCACGCUUCGCCAAGUAUGAACAAGAGCAUGCUGGAGCUCGCAGGCCCUCCUUCCAGGCGGGUGCACGGCGGCGGGGUGGACAUGUCGAAAAGCAUGGUGCUGCUCGGCAGCGGGGCCAGGGCGGCGGCGGCGUCUUCCGCGGGGGCGGGGCAGGGGCGACUGAGGCAGGCGCGCAGCAUGAGCCAGUUGGCCGUGCUGCCACGCCCCACCCGGGCCUCGCUGCUCAGGGUCACCCGGACGGGAGCGCCAGCCGGCGGCAAGGAGCAGCAGCAGCAGCAGCAGUCCCCCUCGCGGCCCAGGUCGUCCCUGUCAGUGGCCUCCGAGCACUCGAUGGCCUCGAGCCAGAUGUCGGCGUCCGUGGUGCUGCGCCCCAGGGCACCCCCCCGCAAGCCCCGACCCCUCAGCAUUGCGGGCACCAUUCCAGACAAGGCCCUGCAGUCACGCCAGAGCCGCCCGCCGGACAGGCCAGCUCCCACGUUGUCCGAGAAGAAUGUGCGUGCCAGGGCGUCCGGUGCGGAGCAGAUGCUUCCCCCCGAGGUUCCCCCCAAGCCCGCCCACCUUCGCAAGCCCCACAAGCCCCAGCCCCCGGCUUCGUCGCCUUUGCGGAGGGAACAGAGGGCCCCCGUCCCGCCAGCCAGAGCACCCAAGGACACCAAGGAGGCCAGCCCCUCCCCGGCCCCCACCGCCCCUCCCAUUCCCGUCGCUCUGGUUGCACCCACCGUGCCAACAGCUGUCGUCGAGCCAAGCGCUCCCGUGAAGAAGGAUGCUGCAGUCCCUGCGACUGCUUCAGCCAUCCAAUCCGACGCACCCGUCCCGACUGCCACAGUCGCUCCAACUGUUGCUCCGACUGCUCCGGCCGUUGCUCCAGUCGCCCCGGCUGCCCCAGUCUUCCCGGCGGUUCCAACUGCUGCGGCUGCUGUUCCCACUCCGGAAGCUCCAGUUGGUCCGGUGGCUGAACCCGCGCGACCGGCCCAGGUGGCUGUUGAGAGCGUUGUUUUCAAGGAGGUGACCACCAAGCCAGAGCGGGAACCGUCGGCGGAGCCCUGCCCCAAGCAGCCGAGCCAGGUCAAAGAAGGGGAGCCAUCCUCGGAGGCCAGGGCAGAGGAAGGGCCGGCCAAGGCGCCCUCACGGGUCAUCUCGGAGGAGGAGGCUCGGGCCCUGCUGGCCGAGAAGCGGCGCCUGGCCAGGGAGCAGGCCGAGAGGGAGGCGGAACUGGAGCGCCAGAGGCAGGAGGAGCUCAGACGGCAGGAGGAGGAACGCCUGCGCCUGGAAGAGGAAGAGCAGCGUCGGUUUGAAGAGGAGCAGAUCCGUCUGGCAGCAGAGUUCCGCCGCCAGGAGGAGGAGAAGCUGCGCAGGGCCAUCGAAGAGCAGGAGAAGAGGGAGGCUGAGGAGAGGCAGCGCAGGGAGCUCGAAGCCCAGCAAAAAGCGGAACGAGAAGAGCAGGAGCGCAAGGCACGCGAGGAGGCCGAGAAGCAACGAAAAGAACUCGAAGAACGACUAAAACGAGAGGAAGCGGAACGGGCCGAGAGGAAGAAGAGGGUGGAGGAGAUCAUGAGCAGGACGCGGAGGAGGGGCGGCAAGGAGCCCGGAUCCCCGGCGUCCCCGGCGAGCAGAGCGGGCGACUCGCAGGGUCCCGACUCGUCGGAAGAGAACAACGGCUUGUCUGCCCGACCCCAGGCGUCCCCCGAGCGGGACCGCUCUCCCUCGCUCUCCGGCAGGUCCUCGCCUCAAGCGUCCGGAAAGCAAGUGGACGGAGCGCCGGAAGGCUCGCAGCCUCUGCCUGCCGCAUGCUCCGAGCCUGCGGGGCUUGAGGCGCCGGCCGAGAAGCCCGCCGCUGCUCCGAGCACGGAACAGCAGCAGCAGCGUCAAGUGUCAGGGGAGGAGGGAGUGUUAGGGAGGUCGGCGGCGGGUCCGCCAGAGACUGCUGUGAAUGGUAGGGAACAAAUUGGGGAGGUUGCGGACAGUCUACGAGGGGGGAGUCAGGACGGGAGCGGCGGGGCAGUGCCCAUGGACCAGUCUCCGCAGGAGAGGGUAGCGGCGUCGCAGGAGGUGGGCCGCACCACCAACGGCUACGGCUCCCACCACGACGACAGCCACGACAUGGUCAACGGAGUGGCGCCCGGGAAAGUAGCUGACCUGCUCGGCCUGGACUCGCUGACGUCGCUGGUGCCACUGAAACCCGAGGGGGCCAACCACUCGGUCGAGAACCUCCGGAACGCCGGCGACAUCAACUCCAACCGCAUCGUACCGGCGAACCAGCUGAUUGAGUUUGAGGAGGACAACAAGAACAACAAGACCCAAGAGAUGCAGUUUACCGAUUUGCUCUCCUAACUGGACCAGUGCUGCACCCCACGGUGCCCUGUAGUCUUCUCCUCAAGCAUGAAGUUUCUGUGCUUCGCAAUCUCUUCAGGAGCCUGGUUACGGAUCUUUUUUUUUUUCUCGGAUCUAAGAACCUUGACCGAUGAUUACCGUGAAAUACGGAGCAUGGCUCAACUCUCAGCGGGAAGGUUUGAUACCGUACAUGCGCUUAUUCCUCCAGCCACAGCAUGCUGUCCGACCAAUUGCGGCGGACCCUACCGCUGUUGCCAGAGGGCUGACUCAGUUCACCCGUCGCGUCGGGGGUUGGCAAAAACGAUCCGGUUUUAUUUAAAAUAAGAAGUUUGAUGUAAUUGAGCAAAUGGACUAUAUAAGUUAACUUCCCCUGCACAGCAAUCGACAUGUGAAAUUGGUAUUUCAAUUGGCAGGUUAUUAUUGUUACUACGGUGAUAUUUUGGCAUCGGCCUAAUGGAAUGCCCAGUUGAGGUGCUAUGUUGUUCUCACUCCGCUGAUUCAAAGAUGAGGGCGAUUUCUUAGUACUGUACUAUUGGCCAAUUAUAUUUCGCAUUGAAUAAUUUUGUACUCCGGCAGGUUACCUGCGCUUUCAAAUGCAGCUCCACAAAAGUGGGACUUUAUAUAUCUAAAGUUUUCAAGAUCUAGGAAGCUGGAGGAGUCUGCAUUUGCUCUGCAUUUUACGGUAGUUGAGGAAGUCUCCUAGCUCCUGGCAUUCUAACGAGGGGACACUUUUAGCUCUGCUGUCGUCGUGCUUGCAAAGAAUGGCUUUGUGGUCAAGCAUGCCUGUAAAUAUGAGCAGCAAGUCUGUACUUCUCUGUUGUUUUUUUCUUCUUUUGUUACUUACAAGGAAUCCCAGUCGACCGUAUUUCUCCACCUUUGCAAUUGGGAUAGUCUAUUGGUUGUUUCACGCAUUCUGUAUAAAUGUAGGUAGUUCUAAACUUUUCCUUCCCAUUCUCUGUUUCUUUUUUCCCACAAUGUCUAACUUCUGUAAGCUGUAUAGUUAAAAUAAAGUUAUUAACUAACAUAAA